ACUGCUUGUUGCAGGUUUACCUGUAUAUUUCAUGUUUUAGUUAAUAUAUAUAAAUAAUGAAAAAGCAACGUCCGAAAACAACGGGAAGUAUUAAAGUUUUUAUGAGGGAAGUAAAUCAAGAUUUACUUAAACAUGGGCUGCAGCAAUCGAGAGAUAAUGCAAGUAUGCCUCAAAAAAGCUUGUCUUCUAGGACAGUUUACAUGUCCAGAAGUCCUUCUGCUUCAAUCAGUGGGUGGCUCAGUGAAAAAUCAAUAAAAACUGUUCAAGAAAAGACUGAUUAUGAGUCAAGUGCUAUCAAAAACAUGUACCUAAACUUACUCGAAAAUGAGCAGAAAAUACAGCGACAUUUAGAUUAUGUUAUUGAGCAUGACAGUAUGGUAAGGAAAAGAAGAUUACAAGCGUUGUUGAAAGAGUGGUAUGAACAAACAUAUAACCCUUUAAAUGAAAAAAUUUUAGAAGAAAUGAAUGGAGAAUCGUAUAAGACAUUGGAGAAAACGAAGAGAGAAGAGUAUAACAAAUACUUGAAGCAUCGCAACGAAAAAGGUCAUGUAUUUCUGGAUGUAUUUGAAAAAGAAGAGUAUGAUCCGUUGUCCGUGAACAGCGAAAGACCAGGACCAAUCAAGGCUGUGACGCACAAAUUAGCUGAUCCACUUUUACAACAACAGCAAGAAAGGAAUGAAGAAGAAAGGGUUGUGUUAGCGUGUGAUCUGGGCACUAGGUUGUCAGAUAAACGUAUUGAGAUGCUUCGUCUACCGCCACUUCCACUGGUGCCACUUGGGCGCCAUGGGACAGAAUGUAAAACAUGGCUUGAUAUGAAAUUGACAGACAUACAAAGUGGCGUUAGACAGAGGAGCCAGGAACGUUUUUACGGCGUACGAAAUAUGACAAGCGCGUGUCCUUACGAAGUAAUACACCCGGAUACUGACCUGGAGAUAUUUGAUAAGAAAAAUCAUUGGAAAAAGAAACGACAAUUUCCCGAAAAAUAUGACACUUCUAUUAAAUUAGUUUAAAUCUACUUUUGUAUAUUUUUGUAGUUAUUUAUAUUUUCGUAUUUAUUUUGCGGUUAGCUGGAGGGAUUGAUAAUUAAGCACCAGGCUGCUUUAUAUUUUUUAUCGUUUCUGACUGACCGUGUAAUCGCUAAAUCUAGAAAAGUAUCAUAAAUACUUUA